AUGUCUAAUAACAGCUCUGUUGCUGUUGGCUCUAUCCAGCAACAGAUAAGCUUCCGUGUUUUGCUCAUUCAGAUUUUGGUGGUUAUUUUUCUGUGCAUCAACAUGUUGCUCAUUGUGACGUUUUUCAAGAAGGAGUGCUUCCACACCAGCGCUCGCUAUAUUUUAUUUGCUGUGAUGUUGAUGUCGGACAGUUUUGUACUUGUACUUUCUAAUCUUAUGGUGGUUGUAAAUUUUCUUCAGUUCACCAUACAGGUGUGGUUGUGUACCGUCAUUUCCAUUGUCACGUUGCUCUAUUUUAUGGCCACACCUGUGACUCUGACAGCUAUGACUCUGGAGCGUUAUGUGGCCAUUUGCCUGCCACUGCGGCACGCGGAGCUCUGCUCCACACGCAGGUCAAUGCACUGCAUCCUCGUCAUUCACGGUAUCAGCUCCGUUCCCUGUUUACUGAUUCUCUCCAUAUUCUUUGCAACAGCUUCUUUGGAACUCUACCAACAAAGGGCGUUGUGUUCAGUGGAGAUGUUCCUUUUACAACCGUGGCAACGACACUUUUGGUCUGCCAUAAGUCAGUUUUAUUUUUUGAUCAUGUGCAUCAUCAUAGUUUUCUGCUAUAUUCAGAUUGUCAAAGUGGCCAAAGCUGCAUCUGGAGAGAAUAAACAGUCGACAAAGAAAGGAAUGAGAACGGUGAUUCUUCACACCUUCCAGCUGCUGCUCUGCCUCAUCCAGCUGUGGAGCCCGUUCACUGAAGCUGCUGCGCUUAAAGCUGAUUUUAAUUUGUUCAUGGACAUCCGAUACUGUAACUACUUAUUAUUCAGUCUGGCACCGAGAUGUCUGAGUCCUCUAAUUUAUGGGCUCAGGGAUGAAAUGUUUUUUCUUGCACUUAAAAACAAUAUUUGCCUCAGAUUUGAUAAAAGAUACACAUUCUAAUUGGUACUAAGGAUAAUGAGUACAAAGUGUGA